ACUUAUAUAUCUAAAAAACACCUAAAAGGCGACGCAUAAAUGUGAGGGUUUAAUUAUUAUUUUUUAAAAAUUAAAUUUAAAAAAAUAUAAUAAAUAAAUAAUUAUAAAAAGUGAUAAAAAAUAAUGGAGUUAAUAAAGCACUCUUGGAGGAGGUACUUACUCGUUUACAACUCGCAUUUAAGUCCACUGGUGCGACAGCGAGCUGAGAGUAAAAUUAUACAGAAAGCAUUUGUCUCAAACUCGUCAGAGAAAAAAAGUGACAAGCUGACAGAUGAUGAUGUAAUUUUCAACGCGAUAGGCGCAACUGAUGAACUGUCCUCGUACAUUGGGCUCGCACGUGAGUUCGCCUGUGAGACUACUGUUCAGCAUCCUUAUGUUGACAAACUCAAGCGGGUCCAGAUGAUUUUGUUUGAUAUUAAUAAUGCGAUCACCAGGAUACAGAAGUCUAGUAAGAUUAAUUCUUUUAAGACCAAACACACCCAGGAUCUUGAAGAGUGGAUCACUGAGUAUGCUAAUCAGUUACCUCCUCCGGAGGACUAUAUUAUACCGGGAGGUGGAAAAGCAUCAGCAUCUCUCCACGUAGCUCGAACAAUUUGCAAGCGAGCAGAAAGAAGCAUAACCCCCCUAGUCUACAACGGCUUCUUGGACAAGGAGGCCCAAAAUUACCUGCACCGUCUCUCGGAGUUCUUAUUCACAGUCUCUCGAAUCGCUGCCAAGUGCGACCAGCGUACCGAGAGUAUCUACAUCCCGCCCGCGGAGGUUCAAGACAAAUAAUUUAUUCCCUAGAGUAAUAUGUCAUUUCUAGACUAAUAUAUCAUCACUUGGGUUUUCUACAUCUAUGAUCCUCGAGAUGAAAGACUAGAGAUAUUUACUAAGACAAGAAAACCUCAUAUUAAAUAAUUUAAUUAAGUUAAUUUAUCGAUUAAUUACCAAAUUAAUGUAAAUAAUUUAAGGUAUUCUGAAAGUUAAAGCGUAGGUGUAGAAAAUUUUUUAUUUAACUCGAAUACAGUUUUAUCAGUUAUUAAUUCUUACAA